UGAAAUUGAAAAUUCAUCGAGAAACACCAAGAAAUAAUUUCGCGAAGCGGUAAUUCAAAGGCUUGUUAUAUUUGUUUUCCUCUGAACGAAUGUGAAGAAAAUACAGUUGUUUUAUAGUGAGCACAAUAUUAUGAAAGCAAUGGCUCAUCACUACGUCGUGACUGCUCAUAAACCGACGGCUGUAACUGCCUGUGUCACCGGUAAUUUCACAUCUCCCACGGAUCUCAAUCUCAUUUUGGCCAAAAACACGAGGUUAGAAAUUUAUUUGGUUACUCCGGAGGGCUUGAGACCAUUGAAGGAGGUUGGAAUUUAUGGAAAAAUCGCUGUGAUCAAAUUUUUUAGGCCACCACACGAAAAGAAGGAUCUCCUUUUUCUCCUUACCACGCGAUACAAUGCCAUGAUCUUAGAAUGUUCCGGAGAAGGUGAAGAAAUCGAAAUAAUCACCAAAGCUCACGGAAACGUAGCUGACCGAAUAGGAAAGCCUUCAGAGACCGGAAUAAAAGCAGUGAUCGACCCAAAAGCAAGAGUCAUCGGUCUCCGGCUGUACGAUGGUCUCUUCAAGAUCAUUCCAUUGGACAAAGACAAUCCCGAGUUGAAGGCCUCCUCAAUUAGAAUGGACGAACAGCAAGUGCAAGAUGUGAACUUUCUUCACGGUUGUGCAAAUCCCACAUUGAUAAUAAUCCAUCAGGAUAUCAAUGGACGUCAUGUAAAGACCCACGAAAUCUCUCUGAGGGAUAAGGAGUUCGUAAAGACUCUUUGGAAACAGGAUAAUGUCGAGAGGGAGUCCAUGAUGGUAAUCCCAGUGCCAUCACCAAUCUGCGGAGCAAUCAUCAUCGGCCAGGAGAGCAUUCUCUAUCAUGAUGGAACUACUUACGUGGCUGUUGUUCCUCCCAUUAUCAAAUACAGUACAAUUACCUGUUAUGCUAAGGUAGACGCCCAGGGUCUCCGCUACCUCCUGGGUGACAUGGCGGGCCACCUCUUCAUGCUCUUCCUCGAACAAGAGAAGAAGCUCGACGGCACUUUAGUGGUAAAAGAUCUGAAGGUCGAACUUCUCGGAGAAGUCAGUAUUCCCGAGUGCAUAACUUACCUCGACAACGGUGUGAUCUUCGUGGGAAGCCGCCUGGGAGAUUCCCAACUGAUAAAACUGAUCACAAAGGCUGACGAAAACGGCUCCUACUGCGUUCCCAUGGAGACCUUCACCAACCUCGCUCCAAUUGUCGACAUGGCAGUUGUCGAUCUAGAGCGUCAAGGUCAAGGCCAAAUGGUAACGUGCUCCGGUGGCUUCAAGGAGGGCUCCCUCCGCAUCAUACGAAAUGGAAUUGGCAUCCAGGAGCACGCCAGCAUAGACCUGCCAGGUAUAAAGGGUAUGUGGGCCCUGAAAGUCGGUAACAAGAGCUUCGAUAACACUUUGGUCGUCUCCUUCGUCGGCCAGACGCGAAUUCUAACCCUGAAUGGUGAAGAAGUUGAGGAAACUGAGAUCCCGGGUUUCGUGGCAGACGAACAGACCUUUCACACCGGCAAUGUCAGCGACGAUCUCCUGAUUCAAAUCACCCCGACAUCAGUAAGAAUAAUUUCCCAUGAGGCUAAAUCAGUGGUUUCAGAGUGGGAGCCAGACAACAAACGCACCAUCUCGGUUGUCACUUGCAAUGGCAGACAAGUCCUCUGCGCCACUGGCAACGAUCUAUUCUACAUUGAAAUCAUCCAAGACAAGAUUGUUCCCAAAGGAUUCAUCACUCUGCAACACGAAGUCGCUUGCCUGGACAUUUCACCUCUGGACGGCUGCACAGAGGCGAAGAUCGUGGCUGUGGGACUGUGGACGGACAUUUCGAUAAGGAUUUUGACUCUCCCAAGUCUUGAAGAGAUCAACAAAGAGUUAUUGGGAGGUGAAAUCAUCCCCAGGUCAAUCUUGAUGACUUGCUUCGAAGGGAAUACUUAUUUACUGUGCGCUCUAGGCGAUGGCUCCAUGUACUACUUCUCACUGCUGAAGGAUAAUGGUCUGUUGUCUGAUAAGAAGAAGGUGACACUGGGAACUCAACCGACAGUAUUGAGGACCUUCAGGUCUCUGUCGACUACCAAUGUCUUCGCAUGCUCCGAUCGACCAACUGUCAUAUACUCAUCCAAUCAUAAAUUAGUCUUUAGUAAUGUGAAUUUGAAGGAAGUCAAUCACAUGUGCUCGCUCAAUGCUGAGUCCUAUCCGGAUAGUUUAGCCCUGGCGACAGAUUCGACAGUGACAAUUGGCACGAUUGAUGAGAUUCAGAAACUUCAUAUUAGAACUGUACCUUUGGGAGAAUCUCCGAGGAGAAUAGCUUAUCAGGAGUCCUCGCAGACUUUCGGAGUCAUCACGAUGCGAGUAGACGUUCAAGAGAGCAGUGGAGUCAGCAUCGUUCGCCCCUCUGCCUCCACGCAAGCAACAUCGACCUCGAGUUCCUCCCAUGUGGCGCCACACAACAAGCCCGGACACACAGCCUCCAGUGAAAUUGGCCAGGAAGUCGAGAUCCAUAAUCUCUUGAUCAUUGAUCAACACACCUUCGAAGUACUUCAUGCUCACACGUUGAUGCCCAACGAGUACGCAUUGUCCCUAAUUUCGACGAAACUCGGGGAAGAUCCCACAUCGUACUUCGUCGUUGGAACUGCAUUGGUGAAUCCUGAUGAAUCAGAACCGAAAAUGGGGAGGAUUUUACUGUAUCAAUGGAACGAUGGAAAGUUCAGCCAAAUUGCAGAGAAGGAGAUCAAAGGGGCUUGUUAUUCUCUCGUUGAAUUCAAUGGUAAACUACUGGCUAGUAUCAACAGCACAGUGAGACUGUUUGAGUGGACGGCUGAGAAGGAAUUGAGGCUUGAGUGCAGUCACUUCAACAACAUCAUCGCACUCUUUCUCAAGACUAAGGGGGAUUUUGUUUUGGUUGGAGAUUUGAUGAGAUCGUUCACUCUUCUGCAGUAUAAGACGAUGGAGGGAAGUUUUGAGGAAAUCGCGAGGGAUUACAAUCCCAACUGGAUGACUGCCAUUGAAAUUCUAGAUGAUGACACCUUCUUGGGCGCCGAGAACUGCUUCAAUCUGUUUGUCUGUCAGAAGGACAGUGCAGCUACGAAUGAAGAGGAGAGACAGCAGAUGCAGGCGGUGGGGCAGUUUCAUCUGGGGGAUAUGGUGAAUGUUUUCAGGCAUGGGUCCUUGGUGAUGCAGCAUCUUGGGGAGAGUAGCACGCCCACUCAGGGGUGCGUUCUCUUUGGGACUGUUGGGGGGGCUAUCGGACUGGUCACGCAAAUUCCUUCCGGUUUUUAUGAGUUUUUGCGAAAUUUGGAGGACAGAUUGACUUCGGUUAUCAAGAGUGUGGGGAAGAUUGAGCAUCAUUUCUGGAGGAGCUUCAAUACGGAGUUGAAGGUGGAGCAGUGUGAAGGCUUCAUUGAUGGAGAUCUAAUUGAGAGCUUUUUGGAUUUGAAUCAUGAGAAGAUGGCGGAGGUGGCGAUGGGACUCACGAUUGAUGACGGUAGUGGUAUGAAAAAGGAGGCAACCGUGGAUGAUCUCGUAAAAGUCGUCGAAGACCUCACAAGGAUACACUGAACACUUUAUCAAUCCUUCCCAGAAAGAAUUUACCGAAUAGAUUUUGUUAAUGUGCACUUGUUUGUGUCACUAGACACUGAUUUUCUUGACAACAGUACCAAGGAACAACAGGAGCGAAUGGCGUGUUCUCAACAAUAAAAACCAAACAAUUGGAUAUCAGUGUAAUAAUGGAAAAAAAAAUGAUUCCAGUGAAUGGGCAUGAGAAUAUCGAUUUGCAACAAUGUUGAUCAUUUGGCAGUACAUUACAUUAUUACAUUAGAUUUAUAGCUGUUUAAGGUGGACUGUAUAAAAUAAAAACAAUUAUGUAAAUG